GGGACGCAAAGAUUUCAUCCGUAUAGCAUGGCUUUACAUCCAAAGGCAGAUACAUUAAUUCAUCGGUCAUCAAGUAUAAACGCCCCAGCUCCAAUAUCAUCUCAGGGGCGUAGGAAGAUGCAAGUUCCAGAACCUCUCUCUGAUUGGCUGGUUGGCUAUUUCCACCCAGAGAGUAGUCCAGCCGAAGAGUAUCUCUGGAGUGCAAAAUUUUUUGGUCAUUCUUCAGUAUCCCAGUUGACUUACACGUUAGUCUACCUAUUGGGAAAAAUUUUGUGCAUUCGAUCUGGAGCAGAGUUGCGUGCCAUGCAUCUCUGGAACACUCUCAAGUUGUUUCCCAUUCACAAACUUCCGCAGCAUAAUGAGAAAGUUGUUAUGAAGUACGAAUUGCAUUACACUCUACCGCCUGCUCCUCCUGUACCUCCUCCGGUGUUAUACGAGAACAGCAAAAGACUCCUAUCACUUAGAGAACGCGCUAGGGACAAUCGGUUUAUUGUCAUACUGGAUCAUAUUCUUGUCAAAACGCAGAAAGGUUUUGUGAUUAAGCACAGUGCUAAAAAUAACCAUCAAAGGUGUUUGGUCUGUUUGCACGCCUUGCUUUUGCAGAGACGAAGCUGCUCGAAACGCGCCUUGAGGGUGGAUGACUACUUUCUCUCAUGGGCGGACAGUUCACCCUCAUCGAGGUUCCUCAUCGAUCCUCUCAGCGAUGUAGCCCUUGGCACAAUUGUUCACGAUAUUCGGGUGAUUUUGACGAGCCUUCAGAAGUACUUGCAUCGUGGAUCUUUGCCUCCGGAGACCGAUUUGUGGAAUCACUUUGUCCAUGACCAGCAAUUUAGGGCGAACUCAUCACAGCAGCUUAGACCGAUGGUAGUUGAGCAUGGAGAGGAGUGUAAUAUUCCACUGGAUCUGAGUGUUCGAGGACGAGCCCAUCCCAAAUGCCUCGACUUUUGGCCAGAAGUUGCCGAGCGUGCAAGAAACGGAGCUUGGCAAUGUGCUGAUUGCAAAUCCUGCAGCGUCUGCAAAAACAAGAGAGGAGAGAGUGUGAUCUUAAUAUGCGACGCGUGUGACAAGGGUUACCAUAGCAAUUGUCACAGUCCAGUUGUGUUGGAGAAGAGCACGGAUCCAACCAUGCCUUGGAUUUGUUCUGAGUGCAAAGCUGAAGGUUGUUGUGCCCGCGUUGGGAAUGUUUCCACCUCUGCCCCUGUGUCUACACCAUCUUCAGCUGAUUCGGGAGUGUCUUCUCUCGUCAUUUCGACGUCGGAAGGUGUUACGAACGCGUCUUCUGUGAAUUCUAAGCCAGACCAGCCUCCUUCCACAAUGAUGGCUACUGGUACAACUGGUUCCAUAAAGGUUCCGUCGCCCGAGCCGAUUGAGUACGUAUCUUUUACACCUUUCUACAUCAUUACGUAA